AUGGUUUACGACUGGGAAGGGAAGCGGGACAUCUGCUAUCAGAUGUACAUCAAAGACAAGAAGGCUUUGGAGGAAAUCAUGGAGUAUAUGAAGAAUACCUAUCAGUUUGCACCAAGCAAGCGUGCCUUUCAAACCCAGUUUAAGCGAUGGGGCUUUCCCUCGAAGCAAAAUCCAGCACACAAGAAUGCAGACCUAGUGGCUCGUGUCAAGCAACUUUGGGAAAGGAAUACAAGCCAGCGAGACAUGUUGCAGAUACUGAAUGAAGAAGGGUUUGAGAUCAAAGAGAGGGAGCUCAUGCGGGUGCGUGCGAAGAACCGCUGGUUGCUCCGUGUACCCAAUGGGAUGAAAUCACAGAGCUUACAGACCACUGUCCAUAUGCCAGAAGAUGAAGGUUUGCUUGCAUUGCAUGAUGAAGUGUACAAGGAUGCAAGCCCGUUCAAUGAUGGCGAGCCCAUCCCUGCUGACCCGCCCAUCUCGCAUUCUCCCUCGCCGAACCUAUCGCCAGGUUUAUCCUCCGAGGUUCUGUUGAAACGUAAGGAGCGACUCGACCGAUUGAAAGCAGAGAGUGCCGAACGUUGGGCCAGCAGGAAGCGUCGUCGCCGUACGCGGGGGUGGGCCGGGCUUCCAGCUGACCCUCCAGGACCUCCGCGUUUCCCUUCUGAAACCACCAUCGAUGAAAGCAAGAAAUACCUAAGGCUUGACAGUACUAUAUACCGUCAAAUUAGAGACCAAUUUCAAAAGAUAUGCGAGGAGGCGGGGUUUAUCAAGAAAACAGUGGCUGGGCCGGAGAGGUGGCAAGUGGCAAAGAACAAGUUAAUACAAGGAUCUCAACAUCUGCAGCAAGUGUUUUGGGAUGAUCCCAACCAGCUGGAUACAAAAGCACUUGCCCUUGAUGUGGUUUGUACAGAUGUCACCAAGAGAAUGCGGACCCUGGAAAGGCGAAUGACGAUCGCAGAGGCCAAAAACGCGCUUGGGAUAAAUCCAGAAGAGAGUCGUCAGAUCCGAAAUGCGUUUUACAACACCCUGAAAGCGGAUCACUUUACUAGCAAGCUGGAGGCUGGUGAUGAACACUGGAACGAGCUGAAAGAUCAGUGGAUUCAGAACUCCGAGCUCCUCCAACGAAUACUCGCCCCUGGCCCAGCGGACCCGGGGCAUAUUACAAAACUCAAGGCCCUCGAAGUGCUCUGCCGCGACGUCAUGAAGCGCCUCCGCGAUGAUCAGACUAAAAGAGACUCCUCCCGUAAACAGUCGGUCUCUCGGUCCCACACUCAGAACUCUGAUGCGGGAAGUGCCCGCAUGGGCAGUGCGUUUGACAGUGGCAUCCCUAAUGGAAUCAGCACCCUCGCUUCGCAAGCUUUAGCCAGUGCUCCGGUAGCCUCUAGUGACUUAGGUGACAUGCAAAUAGACCCUUCGCUUUUGCAAGCUGCUAAUGACCCCACGUUUGCUGCAACUGACCAGCACGAAUCUGGAAAUGCCUUUGGAUACGUGGACACGAUGCUAGAUUCGGCUGUUCUCGACAUCCCAGUUUCUCUCCGCAUAAAUCCCCAGAGUCCGCUCCACAGGGACUCAAAAGCCUGGAACGAGAAAUUAGCGACAAGGUCUACAGCCGAAUUACGGCAGUUAGUUAGUACUAAAUAUCCUGAAUGUAUCGUUACCAGGAUUGAAGGUCUCGAUACGGACGAAACUGGGAAUGAUAUUCUGUUCAUCAUCGACAAGGACCAUGAACUUGACUCUUACUUGACUCAAGUUCAAGACAGAAAGGCAACAUUUCUACUCUUUUUGGAGCAUGUCUGA